AUGGCCUCCGUCCAAUCUCGUACGCCCGGCGGCAGUCAGCCUCCUCAUCCCUCUUCUCACCCUCCUCCGCCACCGCCUGAUGCUCUUCCAUCCUCUGUCAAUGACAGUACCACUCGUUUGAGCGUGAACAACUUGGAUGCGGCUACUCGAAGAUCUUCGCUAGGCUUUCUGCGUCGCCCCAAAUCAACUGAACCGCUUUCUGAGCGCAAAAGCUCCAACGGCAAAGUCAGCAAGAAAAUGAAGGAACAAAUGAGAGAAGAAGAGCUACGUCGUCAGCGCGAAUCGAUUCCAAAGCAAGCCCCUCGUCUCCCUGACCUCGCACCAGCACCGAAAAUGCAGACGUUUGGUGGAGAGGAACAACUCGCCAAUCGAAUUGCCCCAGUUGUUGAAAGCCGAGCAAGCUCUGCGCACGUCAGCAUGCCGCCACCAGCGAUUGAUCCUUAUGCAAGAACUGAGAGCAUGACUCAUCGUGGUCGUUAUAGCUAUGCCAGCAGUGCAGUAAGCACCAUCAAUAGUCCCCGCAGACUCCGUCGACGCAAGGACCCUACCCCUUACAAUCUACUCGUCGUUGGCGCUAAGAACAGCGGAAAGACAUCGUUUCUCAACUUUUUGCGCAAGUCGCUUGCGCUCCCUCCAAACAAACACCCCAUUCGCUCUUCUGAAGAUAUCUUGGAGGAAAUCAACUCGUCAUCCAACCCUAACUUUACCUCUCACUACCUAGAGACUGAAAUUGAGGGUGAGCGAGUAGGGCUCACGCUUUGGGACUCCGAAGGUCUGGAAAGGAACGUCGUCGAUCUGCAAUUGCGAGAUAUCACUGCCUUUUUGGAAAGCAAAUUCGAGGAUACUUUGAUGGAGGAAAUGAAAGUCGUACGCUCUCCCGGUGCUCGCGAUACUCAUAUUCACUGCGUUUUCUGGAUUCUUGAUCCUGUCCGCUUGGACUCAAAUCUCGCAGCUGCCCAAAAGGCUGCAGGACAAACCAAUGGCAAAUACACCACUCAAUCGCGUGGUGUUGGCAUUCUUGAUGAAGACCUCGAUCUCCAAUUCCUCCGUGUGAUGCAAGGAAAGACGGCCGUCGUCCCUGUAAUCAGCAAAGCUGACACUAUCACCACUGCGCACAUGGCCUACUUGAAGAAGGCGGUUUCGGAUAGCUUAAAGCAGGCCAGAAUCGAUCCGUUGGAGGUGCUCAUAUUGGAAGAAGCCGAAGACGAAGACUCCGAGGCCGCUGCCGACGACGACGAAGACUUGGAUGAUACCUCACUUGCGGAGCAUGGAACAACCGAGGAUAAGGCUGAAGAUGGAGAUACUGAAAAAGCCCCUAAAUCUUCUCCAACACGAAGCCACAAGUCAAACCACUCAAUUUCUUUGGCUUCGAAUUCCGAUACGCCGUUCAUCCCUCUCUCGAUCCUGUCACCAGACCCGCAUUCCUUGAAUAAUCCAGAUCUACCUACUGGUAGACACUUCCCAUGGGGUUUUGCAGAUCCGUACAACCCAGAGCAUUGCGAUUUCGUCAAGCUCAAGGAAUCUGUCUUUAGGGACUGGCGUGCUGAACUGCGGGAAGCUAGUCGCGAGCUCUGCUACGAACGCUGGCGCACAAGUCGACUGAAUAUAAAACAAGAAGCGCCUAGAAAGUCUAGUAAUACCGGACGUUUUGGACCUCCGCCUACGAAAAGUGGUCGUGCAACUCGAUAGUUGCGCCAUCUGAGGUUUUCUUUUUUUUUUUUUCUUUUCUUACGUUUAUCUUUACCAGAAGCGGGAUUCUUACCAACUUCCAUUCUCAUUCUUUACCGAUACAACAAUUUCCUAUACUUGAACUCCUUUCUGUGUCUUCUCUGGCCCGGUGCCGGUCAAUGAUCAAUUGAUCACUCUCCUACACUGCACCAUUUUCUUUUCAACUUCCUUUCCCACUCAUGAGACUGCAUUCGAUGUGACAUAUGAGCAACAAAGUAUCAUCUCAGUGGCCACGCCUGAGUAAUGCAGGGAAUAUAUGCGAUCGCGUUUUGGACCAGUCACUAAUCAACUCGACAGUCUAAAACGCGAGAUGUGUACUAUUAGCAUAUUAUUCUCUAUUCGAUUUUUUUUUCUUCUUUUCAUGUUCUUGAUUCCCACCCCCCAUGUUAACUUUUGUCCCGUUAUGGUACAUUUUUGAAUUGAAAAGCACCUGCAUACUUGUCCUG